AUGUCUCGGAGAUACGAUUCGAGGACUACCAUCUUCUCUCCAGAGGGUCGGCUCUACCAGGUUGAAUAUGCACUUGAGGCUAUUUCUCACGCCGGCACAGCCCUUGGUAUCUUAGCCAAGGAUGGAAUUGUCCUCGCUGCUGAGAGGAAGGUGACCAGUAAGCUGCUGGAGCAGGAUACCUCCGCCGAGAAGCUCUACACAAUCAACGAUAACAUGAUCUGCGCCGUUGCGGGUAUGAACGCCGAUGCCAACAUUCUCAUCAACUAUGCUCGCCAGAACGCCCAACGCUACCUCCUCACGUACAACGAAGACAUUCCAUGUGAACAGCUUGUCCGCCGGUUGUGUGAUCUGAAGCAAGGAUAUACCCAACAUGGAGGUCUCCGCCCGUUCGGUGUCUCCUUCAUCUACGCCGGAUACGACCACCUCCGUCAAUUCCAGUUGUACCAGAGCAACCCCAGUGGAAAUUACGGAGGCUGGAAGGCGACGAGUGUUGGGGCAAACAACGCAAGUGCACAGAGUCUCCUCAAGCAAGAUUACAAGGAGGACUGCGAUCUGAAGGAGGCUUGUGCUAUGGCUGUCAAGGUGCUGAGCAAGACUAUGGAUUCCACAAAGCUGAGCAGUGAGAAGAUCGAGUUCGCAACAGUGGGCAAGACCAAGGAUGGUAAGAUCUACCACCACCUAUGGACUGCAGAUGAGAUUGAUUCCCUUCUCCGGGAACAAGGGCUGGCCAAGGUCGACGAUGAGCCCGAGGCUGGUGACAUAAAAUAG